CGGGCGGCGGCGCCGUCGGGGCUCGGGCGCGCGGCCAUGGAGCUGUGGCCGUGGCUGGCGGCGGCGCUGCUGGGGCUGCUGCUGCUGCCGCUGCCGCUGAGCCGCGCCGGCCGGUUCUACGCGAAGCUCGGCGGCUACUGCGCGCUGUGCCUGGCGGCGUCGGCGCUGGCCUCGGCCGUCUGCCUGCUGCGCCACGGCGGCCGCACCGUGGAGAACAUGAGGCAAGCGGCGGGCCUGUUCGUGCGGUCCUUCAAGUACGUGUACAACCUCCGCUUUGACGUCAGGGGCCGGCGGAAGCUGGGUGGAAGGGCCUGUGUCAUCAUCUCCAACCACCAGAGCAUCCUAGACAUGAUGGGCCUCAUGGAGAUCCUCCCCAAGCGCUGUGUGCAGAUCGCCAAGAGGGAGCUGGUGUUCUUGGGGCCCGUGCUCAUCAUGUACCUCGGGGGUGUGCUCUUCAUCAACCGGCAGCGCUCCAGCACCGCCAUGUCCGUCAUGGCGGACCUGGGCCGGCGCAUGGUCAGGGGACAAUGUGACUCCUUCUCUCCCCAGCUCAAGGUGUGGAUCUACCCCGAGGGCACACGCAAUGACAACGGGGACCUGCUGCCCUUUAAGAAAGGCGCCUUCUACCUGGCCAUCCAGGCCCAGGUUCCCAUCAUCCCCGUGGUGUACUCCUCCUUCUCCUCCUUCUACAACUUCAGGACGAAGCUCUUCACCUCAGGAACCAUCAAGGUGCAAGUGCUGGACGCGGUCCCCACGGGCGGCCUCACCAGGGCCGACGUCCCCAAGCUCGUGGACUCCUGCCACCGGGCCAUGAGGGGCACCUUCCGCCACCUCUCCGGGAUGCCCCAGGAGAACGGGGCCGCCGAGGGACGCGACGGCCAGCCGGCCCAGUAGCCCGGGCCGCGCCCGGGGACGGCAGGCGGAAGAGGCCGGAGAACGGCCGCAGAGACCCUCUCCCGGGCUGCCCAAUAUCACUGUGUCUGGCCCCCCAGCCCUGGCUCCCAGGCUCUCAUUCGGGCUCUGGAAGCCGGAGGCCCUC